UUUUUGUCAGUGGUUUGUUUGACCUUGGGAAAUAUCGAAAGAACUUCUCGAUCUUCUUUUUGAUCUUCGUCAACCAACAAAUCCCGAAGGAUAUCGACGAGUCGGCAAGAUGGCGCCUCUCACCUACUCCAAGACCUCCAAGGUCCCCCGUCGCCCCUUCGAGGCCGCCCGUCUGGACUCCGAGUUGAAGCUCGUUGGCGAGUACGGUCUCCGCAACAAGCGUGAGGUCUGGCGUGUCCAGCUUACCCUCUCCAAGAUCCGUCGUGCUGCCCGUCAGCUCUUGACCCUUGACGAGAAGGACCCCAAGCGCCUCUUCGAGGGAAAUGCCCUCAUUCGCCGUCUCGUGCGUGUCGGUGUCCUUGACGAGUCCCGCAUGAAGCUCGAUUACGUCCUUGCCCUUAAGGUUGAGGACUUCCUUGAGCGCCGCCUCCAGACCUGCGUCUACAAGCUCGGCCUUGCCAAGUCCAUCCACCACGCUCGUGUCCUCAUCCGCCAGAGACACAUCCGCGUCGGCAAGCAGAUCGUCAACGUCCCCUCGUUCAUCGUCCGUCUCGACUCCCAGAAGCACAUUGACUUCGCCCUCACCUCUCCCUUCGGCGGUGGCCGUCCUGGCCGUGUCCGCAGAAAGAAGGCCAAGGCCGCUGAGAAGGCCGACGGUGGUGACGAGGAGGAGGAUGAGGAGUAAAUGCAUCGCCAUUUAUGCUAAGGAUUGGUCACACAAAAAAACUCUGGGAGAAGAAUGGCUGGAAAUCAUAACCAACCACGGAAAUUGGGGUGUUCAUAGUCACGGCGUUCACCAGAGGCAAAAUGGAAUGAUUGCAUCAAAUACGGAUACCACGAAUGAAUGUUAUAAAAGUCUUUGCUUGUCGUUCAGGGCACACAAAUCAACAUCGGCUCUUGCAUGCCAGCACGCGAACUUGACAGGGAAAUGGGUAUCAUGUUUGUCGAAUGCAAAUAACCUAAGUAGUCUACCCUCAAACCAAUUCAUCCUUGCCUAGGAACUUCGCCAUCGGAU